GUUAAAGAGAAGAACCAAAGUAUGCCACCCACCUCCUCGGAUACCACUUCCACCUCAAACAGCAGAAGCCAGGGAGACGCCGGUGGAUGUCACUAAGGCCGCCAGAGAAAACAAAUGUCCCCAACAAGGUUGAAGUGGAAGGAUGGGAUGAGUCGUCUCGCCGCGAGAAUAAACAGACAAUGGCAAUGGCCAUGGCCACGGCGGCAGCCGCGGAGGCCGUGGCGGCAACGGCACAAGCGGCGGUGGAGAUGAUUCGCCUCACCAGGCCUUUCCUUCUCGUCAAACAGCAACGGGCUGCUACUUGUAUCCAGACCGCUUUUAGAGGAUACUUGGGGAGAAAAGCACUAGGAGCACUGAAGGGGGUGGUGAUGCUGCAGGCGGUGGUAAGAGGGCAUAAUGUGCGGAGGCGGGCAAAGAUGACUCUACAGUGCAUGCAGUCGCUGGUGAGAGUGCAGACUCAGGUGUGCGACCGACGAAGAAGACUGUCGUCGUGUGAAGGGAUGAGAAUGAAUUCUUAUGAUUAUCAUCAUUGGUCACACGCCCCAAGAUCCCCCGCGAUGUGGAGCACAGGUAAGGAGGAAGAAGAAAGGGUAAGCUAUGAGGAGCUUUAUGACACAGCAAGAUUCAAGCUGCAGGGACGACGACAUGAAAGCAGCAUUAUAAGAAAAAGGACUUCCUUUGAUCAACCAAGAGAUCCUCUCCCUUUCACCAGAACAGUCGAAAUGGACACUGCCCGUUCCUGCCCGGUCCACUCUUCCCGCACUCCUCCACGCAGCAUCAAGCCCAUCUCGGUCAGCCCCCACGGUGAUCACCCGACACCCGAGACCCCAAACUCGCUAUCAGCUGGCUACUUUCCCAGGACACCUCGGGCAGUGCCGAAUUACAUGGCCGCCACUGUAUCCGCCAAGGCCCGCUCACAGAGUUCCCCCAGGCAGCAAAGGCCUUCCACACCUGAUAGAGAAUUUAUUAGUUCUUCUGCAAAGAAACGGCUUUCUUUCCCGGCAGCAGUUGAGUCACAUUCAUGGGAAGAGGAUGCAUGCAAUUUAUCCUGUUGUGGCUAAUUUUGGUUUUUGAACUUUAGGGUAGUUUUUUAUUUAUGAAUUUAAAAAAAGAUAAUGUAACUAAGGACAAAAGGAAGGAAGUAUUUAUAUGUUCCCUCCGUUCCUAAAAGCCUUUCCACCUUUAUCUAUCCCAAAAACCCCUUCCAAUUAUAUUAAGAAGUUACUUUAACCCCGUUUUGCGUUAUCUGAUCAAAUAGGUUUAAGGUGUGAAGUAAUUCACGGACAUAUUUCAAGUUUUUCUCAAAUAGACCAUUUCCGUUAAAACCUAGCACUGAUGCAUGGAUUUUAGUGCCCGAUUUAUUUUUUGGUGUGGCGUGACAUUGAGUCAUGGUUAUUAUGAUCUUGAAUAAAUUUCAUAAUUGGUCCUUUAUAACAAAGCGAUUUCCAUAUU